UUUGGUGAAUCCUCGUAAAUACUCCACCGGCCGCGCCCAGCAACAGAUUGACCCGUGGGAAAGUAAUGUGAAACUAUGCAGAAUGUUGGUUUUAUCUGACAUCAGCAUUUCAACUUCGUGCCUUUCCCUUGCAGGAUUUUUCUGCCUUAAUAAGGCUGUCAACUAUUUACCUUCACCUGAAAAGUAUGCCGACAAGAGCCGUCAUAAAUGGCGAAAUGCACUGUGCUCUUUUAUCCACGCGCUGAUCGUGGGGAUCUUCGGCACUUACUGCUUCUUCUCCAACCCAGAGCUACAAGAAGACUUGGUAAAUGGCUACACAUUAAGCUCUGAAAUUAUCAUCGCUUUUACCGGAGGAUACUUUGCAUACGAUCUUCUUGAUUUGAUGGCUCAUAAUGCUUUCUCAAAUGCUUGGCCACUUUACACACACCAUCUUGUGGUACUCUUUCUGUGCUUCACGAUCCUCUCUCUCCGCCAGCUGUAUGCCACCAUAAACAUUGCUAUGAUCCUGGAGCUCAACUCUAUCUUUCUCCAUGGCAGACAGCUCCUUCUGAUGUGUGGCUUCAGCAAGCAAGAUAUGGCAUACCGGAUCAAUGCCUUCCUGAAUAUCUUCACCUAUGUGGUCUGUCGAAUGGGCUCCAUGGGCUUCCUCUGCAUCUGGGUCAUUGUGACGGAGCAGGCUGUUCCACCAAUCAUACGCAAGACUGGACCAUACACAUUAGGUGCCAUCUUUAUCAUCAACCUGGUUUUAUUCUACAGACUAAUAGCAAGUGAUUUUGGAAAGAAGAGCAGCUCUUCUUCGAAACAAGACGUUGACAUCAUGGAUUCAUAGCAUCUAUUCACUUUGUUAUCACCAGCAUGGCUUCCAUAUUUUUCACAUUAUGUUCUAGUGUGAGAAUUUGUGUAUGCAGUUUUGAUACCACUUUCUACAGUUAGUGGUAGUUUCCACAUGUAUUUUGUUUUUCCUUUUUUUGUUCUUGCAAAACCUAAAGGAGGGAUCGACUGUAACUUUGUCCAAGUGUGCAUUUGGGAAUGACAGUAAUUCAAGUAGAUUUGGAGCAUAUACAUGUACAUGUAUAUGCAGUUCAAAGGUUGAAUGUCAGCAUGGUCUUUAUUGAAAUACCUUGUUAUUGCGAUACAUUAAGAAAUGCGUGAGAGAUCAACUUUAUAUGGAUCCUGUAUUUAUGUAAAUGUAUAAUGAUGGUAAUAUGAUCUAAUGAAAGUUCAAUUCAAUUUGAGUUCAUUUCAAUUUAUUUAUUCAACCAUCAUCAGGUACAAACAAUUACAUAAAUACAUAUGACAAUAGAAUGAUGGAUUGGUGACCCCAGAGAAAGCAGAGCUUAUAAAAAAGGGACCACUGAAAAUAUACAAUAAAUGAUUAUCAUUAUGCUAAGUACACCGAUGCAAAGUUUGAAGUCAAUAUCCUAGAGGUUGUUGUAAACCUGAAAACUUUUCUUUCUCACUGUAACA